AUGGCGCGUACCAAGCAGACCGCUCGCAAGUCCACCGGCGGGAAGGCGCCGCGCAAGCAGCUGGCCACCAAGGCGGCUCGCAAGAGCGCGCCGGCCACCGGGGGCGUGAAGAAGCCGCACCGCUACCGGCCCGGGACCGUGGCCCUGCGGGAGAUCCGCCGCUACCAGAAGUCGACGGAGCUGCUGAUCCGCAAGCUGCCCUUCCAGCGCCUGGUGCGCGAGAUCGCGCAGGACUUCAAGACCGACCUGCGCUUCCAGAGCUCGGCCGUGAUGGCGCUGCAGGAGGCCAGCGAGGCCUACCUGGUGGGGCUCUUCGAGGACACCAACCUGUGCGCCAUCCACGCCAAGCGCGUCACCAUCAUGCCCAAGGACAUCCAGCUGGCCCGGCGCAUCCGCGGGGAGAGGCUCUUUGGGGAGCAAGUGGGUGGCUCUGAAAAGAGCCUUUGGGUUUGCACGGGGGGUGGGGCUGCCUGCUUGCUUUGGGGCGGCUCACUUGGAGCUGGUGUACUUGGUGACGGCCUUGGUGCCCUCGGAGACGGCGUGCUUGGCCAGCUCGCCGGGCAGCAGGAGGCGCACGGCCGUCUGGAUCUCGCGGGAGGUGAUGGUGGAGCGCUUGUUGUAGUGCGCCAGGCGGGAGGCCUCGCCGGCGAUGCGCUCGAAGAUGUCGUUGACGAAGGAGUUCAUGAUGCUCAUGGCCUUGGACGAGAUGCCCGUGUCCGGGUGCACCUGCUUCAGCACCUUGUACACCUAAGAGCAUCGGAGACAAUGUCUGGACGCGGCAAGCAAGGAGGCAAGGCCCGCGCCAAGGCCAAGACCCGCUCUUCCCGCGCCGGGCUGCAGUUCCCGGUGGGCCGCGUGCACCGCCUGCUGCGCAAGGGCAACUACGCCGAGCGGGUGGGCGCCGGGGCUCCCGUCUACCUGGCCGCCGUGCUGGAGUACCUGACGGCCGAGAUCCUCGAGCUGGCCGGCAACGCGGCCCGCGACAACAAGAAGACGCGCAUCAUCCCCCGCCACCUCCAGCUGGCCAUCCGCAACGACGAGGAGCUCAACAAGCUGCUGGGCAAGGUCACCAUCGCCCAGGGCGGCGUCCUGCCCAACAUCCAGGCCGUCCUCCUGCCCAAGAAGACCGAGAGCCACAAGGCUAAAGGCUGUGGAAGAACAUCACUGAGACUAACCAUGGCGCGUACCAAGCAGACCGCUCGCAAGUCCACCGGCGGGAAGGCGCCGCGCAAGCAGCUGGCCACCAAGGCGGCUCGCAAGAGCGCGCCGGCCACCGGGGGCGUGAAGAAGCCGCACCGCUACCGGCCCGGGACCGUGGCCCUGCGGGAGAUCCGCCGCUACCAGAAGUCGACGGAGCUGCUGAUCCGCAAGCUGCCCUUCCAGCGCCUGGUGCGCGAGAUCGCGCAGGACUUCAAGACCGACCUGCGCUUCCAGAGCUCGGCCGUGAUGGCGCUGCAGGAGGCCAGCGAGGCCUACCUGGUGGGGCUCUUCGAGGACACCAACCUGUGCGCCAUCCACGCCAAGCGCGUCACCAUCAUGCCCAAGGACAUCCAGCUGGCCCGGCGCAUCCGCGGGGAGAGGGCCUGA